AUGUCCGUCCAGAGCCCAAACGUGCCUACCCCGCCGAGCGACAAGGACACUCCGCAGCAAGAUCGUUCCCUCUUCAACCACGAGGCCAAGAAGCACGAGAGCCAUCACUACGUGCGCAUGUACGGUGGCAAGGUCCUCAACGCUGCCAUGUUCGGAUUCGGAGCGACGCUGGGAGCAGAUGCUGCGAAUGCCGCCGUGGGGGAUGUCAAGGUAGGCAGACUUUGGGAAACCGAGUAUGAAGCAAUUGGCUAAUGUUGAUCAGGAAUGGUGGCGGCAUUGA